AUUGACGAUAUGGACAUUCUGGAGCGCAAAUACAUGCCGGAAAUAGAAAAAUUCGAACACGACAUUCGCCCUGUGCAAAUGGGAAGGCCUGUGGAGAUUGUCAAGGAAGAAGAGCAGAGGGAAGAUAUAAAUGGGGACAAAGUAAGAAGAAUUCUGCAAGUAGGUGAGGAAGUUAAGGAUUCGGCCAGUGGCCAAAUAUUAGGUCGACUUAAGGAAGAUUGGAUUCAAGACGAUCCCAGAAAUCCUCCCGUUAAGCAUGUGGUGGAAGACAUUCCUCCCCAAAACUUGCAUAUACACGAACACAUAGGUGGUAAGGAGUACGAACAAUUGCAAAAACUUAAUUCGGCGUAUAACACCAUAAAGAACACUAAUAACGCGUACAGUCAUGGUAAUAUGCCAGGCGGUGGAGAUGGCAAUAAUAAAUUUAGUAACGUGUUGCCAACCGAACAACAAUGGAUGCAGCAACAAAAUAAAUUCUAUAAUAGGAACCCUUUAUUAGUCCAACACUUGAAACUAGUUAUAUGA